AACGUUGUCUCACAUUAUGACACGAAGUUGGGUGUGAAGUGGUGUGAAGAAGAAGGCGAAGUUUUCAUUUCGAUCAGUUUUGUCAGACAUGGUAAUAUAAGGUUUAGCAGAACACUUGCUUCUGAUAUCACAGUUAAUAACUCGUUACAACAAAAUGAUGCAAUUCAUGCUUCUAUUUAGCCGUCAAGGAAAGCUUCGCCUACAGAAAUGGUAUUCGGCCCAGCCUGACAAAGCAAAGAAAAAGAUUACUAGAGAUCUUGUUGCUACUAUUUUAACCCGAAAACCGAAGAUGUGCAGCUUUCUUGAGUGGAGAGAGUUGAAAAUUGUCUACAAACGGUAUGCUAGUCUAUACUUUUGCUGUGCUAUAGAGCAAUCUGAUAAUGAAUUACUCACCCUAGAAAUCAUUCAUCGCUAUGUUGAAUUGCUUGAUAAAUAUUUCGGAAGUGUCUGUGAGUUGGACAUCAUCUUCAAUUUUGAAAAAGCCUACUUCAUGUUGGAUGAGCUGAUGCUGGGUGGAGAAGUGCAGGAGACCUCAAAAAAGAAUGUUCUGAAGGCAAUAGCUGCCCAGGAUUUAUUGCAAGAGGAAGAAACUCCACAAGGAUUUUUUGAAGACCACGGACUCGGCUAAAGACUUAAAAAAAAAUCCAAUCUUCACCCUGUAAUGAGAUACGAGCUCUGCGAUCACCCAUUCCCAUCCAAAAGAUUGCAGCUAUCCAUGUCGUCGAGCAACAACUUUCCUCCAUUAAACUAAUAAAGCUCAUUUGUCAGAAACGCCAUUUAUGUCAUUUUGUAAAAUCUUGUUUGUUCUAACAAAUUGAAGUAUCUAAUAACCUUUGUUAGAUUUUCUAAACAGAGCCAAGCAACUUAACAUUCCAUUGCGUUCGAUUUUCUGUCUAUAUAUUUGUUUGCUUGCGCUAGCAUACUACUCAAUACACAUAGAUAGCCAAUCA